AUGCUUACGCGUUUAACUGUUGAAUACGGCCUGGGUCCAUACAUUGCCACUUAUUGCAUAUUAUUUGGUAUCGGCAUGGGACUCCCCUACUCACUUAUCUUCUCCAUUGCAUCGUCGUGGUUCCCACAACAUCGUGCAACGGUGGUGGGGAUUAUUUCAUCAGGCUUCGGUUUGGGUGCCCUGGUCUUUACACCCAUUCAGACCGCCAUCAUUAAUCCAAAUAACUUGAAUCCAAACGGAACUAAAUUUCCACCUUCUGUUGAGGAGAAAAUCCCGUCGGCGUUCCUAAUCCUUGGUGGCAUCGUACUCGCAUUGGAAGUGAUUGCAUGCAUUUUGCUGAGACAAAGACCAUCGGAAAAGGCUCCAGAAGCUUCUGAACCGGACGGUGACAGCAAAGCGGCUGACAAAGUAGCUGGUGACGGAAAACUGGAAGUCAAAACUGACGGUGAUGAAAUUUCCAUCAGUAAAAUGACCGGUGACAACUCUUCCAUAGAUGUGGUCAUCGAUGUACCACGAGUUCCACGAAGUUACACUACCCUCGAGGCGCUGAAGUCGGUAUACGGAGGACAAAGCAAGUUCGACGAUCAGUUUCUCUCCGCAAUCGCGACCACAAGCUCGGCCUUUAACUGCGUUGGACGCGUGUUCUGGGGCUUCGUGGUGGACCAUCUGUCGUCGAAGUGCCCUCUGAUGACCUUCCUGCUGCUGUGGGCUGCUCUAUUCAUCACCUUCCCCUACGUGGCAGCCAACGAGGCGGGGAAGUACCUCUACGCCAUCUGGGUGUUCGGCCUGUUCUUCUCACUGUCGGCGCAUUUCGUUGUCAUCCCGGCGACGUGCACACGCGCCUUCGGCCCCGCCAACAUGGCCACCAUCUACGGCUUCAUCUACAUGGCCACGUGUCCAAGCGCCCUGAUAACCGCCGCUAUCGUCUCGCAAUUUGACAUUCAAGGCAAAUGGGUUGCUGUCUACACCGCCUGUGGCUGCUCCUGUCUCGUCUCCUUCAUCAUAGCUCUGUUCACCCGUGACAGCAAAGCGCACUGUGUGGGCUUCACGAACACCAUAUGUGCCUCACUCUGCGAUCCCUGCCGCCGCGAUCUCACUCAAGAAGACGAGGAAGAGGAAGAAGGUGAAGGAGACAAGCAAAGGCCCACUGGGGUUAUCGCUGCUGAUUCGCCCGCUGCCUGGCUGUAA